AUGGCGAUCACCUGGGGAGACUGUCCGCGCUUGCUCUGCUCGAUUCUGCUGCCGCCGCUCGGCGUGUUUUUCCAAGUGGGCUGCAACAAGGAUUUUGCCAUCAACUGCCUGCUCACGCUGCUGGGAUAUAUUCCCGGUAUCAUCCACGCCGUCUAUAUUCUCGUUAAAGAGUGAGAGAAGCAAUGAUCACUGCGGAUGUCGUCCGUUGGAUUUCACGUGGGGAAAUAAUGGCCGAUUGCAGAACGUUGGCAAGGCACGUUCCUUCAAGUACCGGUAUGAUAGUAUCAUACUCGAGAACAAUAAAUGUCACGUAGCAAGAUCUAA